UAGCGGCUCGCUUGACGCAACAGGGAUGUCUCAUGGCAGAUUAACAGCAGUCCUCAAAGUAAAAUCAGUCGCUAAACUCCUCGGAGGUCUAUGGCUGCCGGGCUAUUACAACAUUCCCUGGCGACGUCGUUAACGAGAGACAACAAGCAGGUGACAGAAAGGAAGGAAAGUUAAUGAGUAGCGAGGGCUACUUGUACUGUUGCUACAACUUUCUCCGUCCAGCAGCCUGAGCCGACCACACCCUCCUGCUUCCUCAUAGUACUGCAGCGGGAGCGCGCAGCACCGCUUUGAAUCGCUGGGAAUAACGGCCACUUCUUUCUGCUGCGUUUAUGGUGUCGUGGCCGUGGAAGAAGCUCCCGGGACAAGUGAGUUGAAUGUUGAAAGAGCUCAGACUGGCAUGGAUAUAACUAACGAGCCGCAGCAGAAGAUAUGCGGGGCUGCACGGUCUCUAGUCCCGAGUUAGGACGCGGAGGAGGAGGUGGAGGCGGUCAGACGGACGAUGCAUAUGGAGUCGAAGCGAGCGGAGCAACUGCUAUCUUCUAACCCAGGGCUCUGUUUAAAGAAGAAGAGAUUGAAAGUCGACUGAGAGGCUUGUGUUGGUGGAAAGUCUCCCCUUUCGUGGAGUUUACUUGGGAGGACUUAUGAAAUGAUGGUGGCGGAGGGAAACACUAGUCUUCCCGCUGUCCAGAAGAGCUGCCCGGGUGGAGCCCCGUCUCUAACCAGUAUGAGUCCGCCAGGCCGGUCACACUCAGUGGAAACAAGCAGGACAAGGUCUCGGUGCUGUUUCCGGCUACUUGCUCUGAUGCGAGUGGACACAAAAUGAUAUCUUAUUGAUCAUAGUAAAAACUAAACACAAAGACUGAAAAGCCAUCUACUAAAUGUUGUUGUUUUCUUGGCUGUAGUCAUAAAAAAGACCAAGAACACCAUCUAACGUUACAGAAAUAACAGAGUCAGGUCAGCAGCUGUAAAGCCAAUAGAGAAUGUGUUCUUAUUUCAAACCAUAAGGAGCUUUUAACAUUUUUACUAUUAUUCUCAAUCUGCACUUUGCCUUUUUAGAAGGCACCUUGUUGGCACUGCAGUUUCUGUGUGAUUUAAAAAAACAAAUCAACAUCCUGUGAAUUCUUAUGUUCCACAAGAAAACCUGGGACUACAAUGAGUAUAUUGACUUUUGGAUUGUGUUGUUCAGGGCAUUUAAAUUACUUUGUCAAGAUAAGAGCAUAUAGCUUACACUGAUUACUUUGAAGUUGUGGGGACUUUGAUUAACUGUGUAACAUUGUAAAAUUACUAAACCCAAGGCAGUUAACUGGGAAUAUGCCAGAUCAUAGUUUGGACUUUUAAUAUAGUGUACUUCAGUGACACAUUAAUUAAGAAUGGGGUUAAGCAAACAUAAGUAAAUGCAGUUAUUGAAUUUUGCUGUUUUUACGUGUUUACAUUGAAGAUACAUGUCCUGUGUGUCUGCAUACAAUGUCCAGUUGAUUACCUAUACUCUGAAGGAAUUUAAGUAAGACUGUUUGGCCAGUUAUAUUUAAGAGAUUGUAAAAAGCUGGGAGGUGAGGCUUAUUUUAGAAAUGUCUUAGACAGUAAAAUGCAGUGUGCAGCAGCAGAAAACUAUAAAUAACUGAACCCCUCCAGAAGAGCAGUUUGACCCUCGCCCCCCUACUUCCCCUCCUUCCACUCCCCUCCUUAUUAUGGCUAGUGGUGGCUCUGGCAAAUCGGCUAGUGAGGGAUCUACCAGCACACCCUGUGGCAGUUUGCAGCAGAGGAAGCGUCUCUCCUCCAUCUGUGACACAUGUAAGGGCAAGAUGCAGCUGGUGGCCGACCUCCUCCUGCUCUCCAGCGAGACCAGGCCAGUGAUGACCUCUGAAGGCGUGGCGGUGGCAGACACCUUUGACCAGUGCCGCGACACUGUCAUCGCAAGGACUAAAGAGCUCUCCAUCCUCACCCAUGACAUCCAGAGCCAGCUCAACAUGGGCCGCUUCACAGAGGUUGGGGACCGUCUCUUGGAGAUGGCUGACCUGGUGGUGUCUCUGACCGAGUGCUCGGCUCAUGCCGCUUAUCUGGCAGCCGUGGAGACCCCCGGCGCUCAGCCCUGCCUGCCCGGUCUGGUGGACCGCUACAAGGUGACUCGCUGCAGGCACGAAGUGGAGCAGAGCUGUGGCGUCCUCAGAGUCACGCCUCUGCUAGACCUCACCCCCCAGCUUCUCCUCGAGCUCUCUCAGAACAUCUCCACCAACCUCAAGAACCUGACAGACAUCUCCUCGCUAGCCAGCGAGAGGUCCAGAGACCGAUUUGCAAAAGAGCAGUUCAAACUGAGCGUCAAGAGCAUGAGCACGAGUGGUACAGCCUUCCUGGCGUGUGUCAAAGAGGUGAAAACCCAGCCCAGCGAGCUGACCAGGAACCGCUGUGUUCUCUUUAGUGCAGCUCUGGUACAGGCCGUCAGUGCCCUGGUCGGGUUCGCUACAGAGCCUCAGUUCCUGGGAAGGGCUGCGAGUAUCUCCACUGAAGGGAAGGGGGUACAGACUGCAGUGUUAGGGGGGGCCAUGAGUGUGGUUUCAGCCUGUGUCCUCCUCACUCAGGGCCUCAGGGACGUCGCACAGCAUCCCGAGAGCAGCUCCAAAAUGGCAGACUACCGCGAGCGUUUGCGCAACUCGGCGUGUGCCGUGUCAGACGGCUGCACUCUGCUCACUCAGGCGCUAAGAGAACGCUCCUCUCCAAGGACUCUGCCGCCAGUCAACUCUCAUUCUGUGAAUUAGUUUAGGAAGAGGCAACACCAUCUCCAGUCCCCUCUGUCCUAUUCUGACAUACCAAAGAGACUCACCUGGGUUAUCCCUGUUCAUCAGGUUUAGAGUCAGAGUAACAUCAGAGGAAGGCUGUCUGUGGUUCUGUUCAUGUGGUCCAAUGCUUAAAGCGCUGCAGGGUUUUGUGUCGCGCUGGAUGUGGCUCAAACCUUGUUUCGGACGGAAGCCUUGACGUGGGCUCAGCAGACCAGCCACGCUCACUAACAGACAUCAGCCUUCAAACCUGAAAAGUUUACCUCAGUUUUCAGCUCCGGUGAAAACAGCAGCCUUGAUGAUGGAUGUAGCCUCACUGUGUGAACCUAUGGUUGACUGACCUUCUCGAUUACAUGUGCUUUGUGAGAUUGGAAAGAGUGAUCUGAGUUUCUCCGUGCUUGUUUUAGUUUUUUUUCAUCGUGUGAAUUCUCAAUUGGUAAAAAGCUGCUGUGAGUGUGUGCCAUAGGUUUUACACUAUUACCAGACUUCCCAUAGUAUUUUAAAGUGUUUUGAUCAUGCAUGUAAUGGAGUAUUUAUUUCAACUAUUAAAAAUGUUGUUUCUCAUAUGCUGUUGUUGGGUUAAUGUGCUUGGAAAGCCACAUAGUUAUAAAGGCUCUAAUGACUAAAAGUAGAGUUGAUAGUUAAAUUUAUUUUGCACAGGUUGGAGUUAUCUGUCUCUGCACUGCAAAAAAGGUGU